AUGCCUUGCGUUUUCCGUUCAGAUUUAGAAAAAUACCGACAAAAUCUUCUCGUUGGUGCCGCUGGCAACCGCGAAGGAGAAAUUUUUUCCCUUUUUAGUGCUUUUAAUUCUGCCUCAGACCGGCAAAAAGCCCUGAAAUUUUAUGACUACAUUGAAGCCAACAGCCCAAGUAGUUUUCGGCAUUUAUGGUUAAAUGGACGAAUGGGAGAAGCCGAAUUGAAGCAAAUGACGGCGAAUAUAAUUCAAAUUGCCAAGUCUUUAAAUGUUCCAACAAUUGCUAAUCAUAAUGUCCAUUACUGUCAACCUGAACAAAAAAUUAUCAAGCAAAUCAUCGUUGCCAACGAGGGAAUGAAUGGUGCUAGACAUUCCUUAUAUAAUGAAGCCACUUUGGACGGCAAAGAAGACCGCUUUGCUAACUUACCCGACCAACAUCUCCGCACCAACGAGGAAAUUAUCCAAGAUUGGGAGUUUUUACAAGAUGUCGAUUUAAUGGAGGAAAUAAUUUUUACUAAUCCGCAAAAAAUUGUUGACCAAACCGCGGAGGUUAUCAUUUUUGACGGCCAAAUUCGCUAUCCUGAUUUUUCCGAAAACGAAGAAAAAUUAGUCCAAGUAUACCAAAAAAAAGCCCAAGAAUUCUUACCAAAUUGUCCAAAAAACUCACCAAGAUGGUUUUAUUGUCGGUUCUCGGGGUUCGGAGAAAAAACUCCCGAUAUUGACUUAAAUUUUUCCGGAGAAUACCAAAAAACUGCUCACGACUACGUCCGUGAACUUUUAGGAGAAGAGCACGUUUAUCGGAUUGGCACUAUCAAUAAAUUAUCCCAACAAACGGCGGAAAUUUUUUUACGAGAAUACAAAAAGUUAAAAAAAGAACUUAAUCCUAAAUUUAAUUCUUAUAACAAUGGUAAUGACGAAAUAUUGCUCGAACAAUUAAAAGGAAUUAAGCGUACUACGGGACAACAUCCUGGCGGAUUACUGAUUAUUCCUCAAAACAUUGAUAUUCACACGAACAUUUUUCUCAAAUUGGACAUUUUGGGACAUGAUGAGCCCACAGUUUUACAAAAAUUAUAUGAGUUAACCAAAGUAAAUCCGGCUAAUAUUUCUUUUCAUGACGAAAAAAUCAUGGCAAUUUUCACCCAAGCGGAUACUUUGGGUAUUCCUGAGUUUGGCACGGAUUUUCAAGGUCAUUAUAAGGAAGGCAUGAAGUUAGAGGAAUUAAUUGCUUGCCGGGAGGACAUUUGGACCUUUUUGGCGGCUUGGGGGGUAGAUAAUAAAACUGCUUUUUUGGCUAGUGAAUAUAUUCGCAAGGGCAAAUGGGAAAGCCUAAAAGCCGAAAUUAAAAAAGCCAUUCGGGAAAAAUUAGGCUUGUCUGAUAAGGCUAUUAUUAGCAUAAUAAAAAAUUUGACCAAUAAGCAAAAUGCUUUAAUUGACAAAAUUAGCCAAGAGUUGGCCAAACUAGAAGAGAGUAAUUUAAUUAAUUUGCUCCAAAAAUUAGGCGAAAGUUUGGGUGAACUAACGGAAACAAAACCGGAUAAAUAA